ACUAGUAGUUAACAAAUCGUUAUAGAGAAUAUACAAAAAUUCGUAGACGUUAAAGCUGCCACAAAAUUACACGAUCACCACACACAUAAGUGAGAGUUUUCUUUUCUUUUUUCGUGAAGUUUUUCAAGUUUUCACAAUGAUGUUCACAUAUAAAGAUCUUAUAGACGUGGCCAUUGGCUCGCCGGAGUCAGGUCACGUCAACUUCUAUGCUCUGCACGUGUUGCUCUCGAACUUUGCGCAGAAACUGGACUGCCUGGACGAGGUUGUGGAGCAGGACGAGUAUCUGGUGGCCAAUGUGCGCAUACAGAGUAGUCUGAUUGGCAAGUCCUCGAAAUAUCGUCUGGAGGCGGGUGCAGAUGCGGAGGAGGUUGCUGGUGAGGCUCCCAGCGAACCUGCAGCCGAGGAGGCGACAGCAGCCGACGAACAUCCGCCUGCAGACGAAUCGGCCCCCGAACCCGAGCCGGAACCGCAUUCAGAAGCGCCGGAAGCACCAGAAGCGCCAGAAGCCCCGGAUGUUGUGGAAGUGGAAGAACCGCCCAAUGAGCCCAGCGCAGCUGCCUCUGUGGAGGCACAUGAUGCGCCAGCUAGUGGCACCAGCGCCCCGGGCAGUGCUGCGGUCAGCGCGGCACCCAGUGGGGCACCCAGUGGGGCACCCAGUGGUGCAGCCAGUGCUGCGGGCACUGCCGCGGGCAGCACUGCAAACACCGCUCAAGGCUCUACCCAGGGCUCGCCACGCACCAGCGGCGCCACCUCUCCCGCGGUAGUCUCGCACACUUCAUCGCGCAUGUCCAUGCGUGAGGCAAAGCCUGAAGCAUUGUUUGGCUCGCUGGCCAAGCUGGAGAAGCGCAUUUCGAAGGUGGAGCUGCACAAGGAGCAGGCCUCCAUCGAGCUCCAGCAGUUCAUCAACAGCUUGACAGCGCAGAUGAAACUGACGAUGGAGCAACUCAACAAUGUCACACAUCUGAUGCUCGAUCCCGAGCCGAGUCCGGAGCGCGUACGCCUGCUCCGUCACUUUGCGCGUCAGCUGCGGGUGCUUAUGCGUGCCGGCCUGGCGGAUGAAGUGUCCAUUAGCUGGACCAGUGACGAGGCCAUUUGUGAGCAGGAAGGCGAAGAGGAGUCCGGGGAGGAGGAAGAGGAGCGCAGCCUCACGGAGGUGGGAAAGACAGAGGAGGACAAGACCAUGGACCUGGAACCCAAUCUGUGCUACUCACCCGAUCGCAUGCUCAGCGAGUUGCUGGAACUUAAGUCCGAGUUCUGUACCCUUAACAACAAGGUGAAUGACUUGGCGGCUGCUUUGCUCAAACAGGAUGCACAGCGUAUGAUGGAGAUGAUGGUGGAGCUGCAGGAGGCGGUGCGGGACAUUCGACUGAGCAACAGCGGCAAUCGGGAGGCCGCCGAGGCCAUGCAAAACAAAGUGAACUCUGCGCUGCAGCAGCUGGACUCGCUCAAGAAAUCGGUGCUGCUCUUGGAUGAAUCGAAAAUCGACAAGCUGGAGGUGGAGCUGUUGCUGGCCGAGAAGGUGGACUUCCAGCAGCUGGCGACCAAGGUGUCGCUGGAACAGCUCGAGGACUACAAGACACGCCUCGAAAAGCAGUUCUGCGAACUGCGCUACAUCAUGAGCAGCAACGAGAAGAAUGUGCUCCAAAUAAUUGACAAUCUGCGCAUGACUCUGGGCAUUGAUGCCCUCGAACUGGGUCUCAAGGACUUCCGCGAUCUAAUCGAGCGUCGUGUGGCCCUGAUUGGCGAUGCCCUGCAAAAGUACAUGGAUAUGACGAACGAUGAUUGUGCGGCGGCCGCUGGCCGCGCCAAGGUCAUUCAGAACCUCUCCUGCUUGUCCUGCGACACGCCCUGCGUGAUGCGCACCGUCGAGCACGCCAAGGUGCCGAAGCUAGCCACAGCCAAGGGCUCCACGAGCAUGGCGCCCCUGGUCACCUACGAGCUGGGCCAGCUCCGCAAAUCGGGCAUUAUGGGCUACUAUCGCAAGGACGAGUUCCCGCACUCCCUCAAUGCCUGGGCCAAGGGCCCCAAGGUGGAGCUGAGCAACUGCGUAGGACGCCAUGCAGGUGGCAAGCACACAAUGCACACGGCCGAGGACCACGUCCAGAAAGUGGUGCAGUCCAAGAAGAACGACGGCUGGUUUUAAGGCCAACGGAAUUCAAUUUGCCCUUUAACCCCUCCACACCACACACACACACACAGCACAGACCUAUUAAGUUUUCAUUGAAUGUAAGAAUUCCACUAAAUUGCUAAGAUGCUAGACAGAAACAGAUGAACAACAAAUUUGAGUAAUUCUUUGGGUAGCAACUGUGUGCUAUUAAUAAAUCCAAUUAAAUGUAA